UUAAAUGCCGAGGCGAUUAAAAUAACAAUGAUGCCGCUGGCAGCGCAGAGCCACAUACACCGUAUAUAUAAAUCUGCAGCAGGCCUGGAGGGGAUGUUGUGUAAAAGCAAACCGGUAUCAAACUGUGGUGCGAGGCCCAAACAUGGACCGUGCAGGAAAGAUCGUGUUUUACGAAGACAGAAACUUCCAAGGCCGUUACUAUGAGUGCAACAGCGACUGUCCCGAGCUCAACACCCACUUCAGCCGCUGCAACUCUGUGCGCGUGGAGAGCGGCGCCUGGGUCCUGUACGAGAGGCCCAACUACCUGGGCUACCAGUACGUCCUGACCCGGGGCGAGUACUCUGACUACAAGCGCUGGAUGGGCUACAACGACAGCGUCAGGUCGUGCAGGAUCAUAAGAAAUUCCUCUGGUGUGUUCAGGAUCCGUGUCUACGAGCGUCCGGACUUCAGCGGUCAGAUGCUGGAGGCCACGGAGGACAUGAACAACCUGCCCGACCACUGGCCCCUGCGGGAGGUCCACUCCGCCCGCGUGAAGGACGGCGCCUGGGUCUUCCACGAGCUGCCCGACUACCACGGACGCCAGUACCUGCUGGAGAGAGGAGAGUACCGGCGCUUCAACGAGUGGGCCGCCAUGAGCCCCAACGUGGGCUCCUUCCGCCGCAUCCACGACUUUUAGAACAUCUUUCGCUCUGUGUUCACGUUCUACGUAACUGUUCUUUGCUCAUCGAAUAAAAAAGGAAUGUGCUCCGUAUCCGA